AUGACCUGCAUUCAAAUAAAUAUGACACCUGUUUUAUUACCGUAUACUAAUCAGGAACAACAAUUAGUAAUAUUUGAUUUAAAUGUUAUGUAUCCAAUAGAUGUAAUAAAUAAUCAUAUAGUUAAUACAAGUAUCACUUAUCAUUUAACAAAAAAAAAUGAACUUAAACUUAUUGAUGAUGCAAAAGCAGUAAAUAAAAAACAUAAAAUAAUUUUACCAUUAAUAAAACAUGAAAAUGAUUUAAAUUCUCAUUUAAUUGUUGGAUAUACAAAUGUUUUCAGCAAACCAAAAUUUUGUUCAUCUACAAAUGAAGAAAUAUUUGGUAAAACAUGUCCAUAUACAAAUUGUAAAUAUACAUGUGAUCGAACACAGGAAAAUACGGCUCAAGUACUUUUAAUGCAUAAACAAGAUUUAGAUUAUGAAAAACUUGAUUCAAUAAAAAGAGACUCAGAUCAGAUUUGGCUCUUAUGGCAUGAUGAACCAAAAGAAAACUCCACACAAUUGAAUAAAUAUAAAUUUAAUUGGACAAUGUCAUAUCGAACAAGUGCAGAAGCUUCUUUAGGAGCUUAUGGAAUAACAAUUGCCAAGGAGAAACCAUGGUCUAUAGGAAAAUUUAACUCAUGGGUUAAUAAACAAUUUAAUGAAAGACAUAAUCAAGCUGUUUGGUUUGUAUCAAACUGUCGACCACAAAAACGCUUAAAAAAAUUUCAUUCGCUUCGUCAAUAUUUUCCAAUAUCUGCCUUUGGUAGAUGUAUAAAAUCAAAUGAAUCAUUUUCGUUACAUGCUCAAGUAUUAUCAAAAGAUAAAUGUAAUUAUCAAUCAACAUGUGAAAGAGAUUAUUUAUCAAAAUCUAAAUUUUAUCUUGCCUUUGAAUCACAAUCAUGUACAGAUUAUAUAACAGAAAAAUUCUGGCGUACACUUAAAUUCGGUGCUAUACCAAUUGUUAGUGGACCAGAACGUGAAAACUAUGUACGUAUAGCUCCACCAAAUUCAUUUAUUCACAUUGAUGAUUAUUCAUCCGAUGAUAAACUUGCAAAAACAUUAUAUUCAAUAGCGACGAAUAGAAGUUUAUAUGAAAAAUAUCACUAUUGGAGACGUUAUUAUGAUAUUUAUUAUGAAGCGAAAGAUCUUGAACCAUAUCGAUUUUGUGAAAUAUGCUGUCGUUUAAAUACAAAUAAACAACGUAUUUGGUAUGAAAAUAUUAAUGAUUGGUUUUUGGAAAAAUGUUAA